CUGAGAACCCCAUACUGAAGAGAUUCGACAAUUCGGAGAACAAAGUGUUCGUCGACUCCCUUCCCUCUUCGAGCAUUGGCCGAUUUGGGUCCUGCGUCUUGGGGUGCUAUUGGCCUGAAAUUUCGUGAUUUGCAGCAGGCUGGGCAUGCAGCCAUACAGUACUGUACUGUGUAGGAAGCGAAUUCAAAUCGACUGCGCGCUGACCGCACCAACGCGUUGGGCCCUUUCGCAGCCCAGCAGAUUUUGGUCUCAUCACUCUCCUUCAUUUUUGGCAUCGAAUUUGCCUUACUCUUCGCCCGAGUGAGUCAAGCAACACAUCCUAAUAUGGACGGCGCGGACAUUAGACCCAAGGAGCUCUCCGAUCAACCCUACAUUGAAAUCUCCCAGGUCGAUGACGCUUCAGCCGCCGAUGGACAAAACGCCGAGCCCAGCCCCGAGUCCAGAGACGACGCCGGUAAGAGGCAACAACAACCGCCACCUCCCGAGGGCAGACCCGUUAUCCUCGGGACUGAUGCACGGCUCUGGACUUCGUUGAUCCACGUAUUGCCGCUGACGAUCUCGGUCUUUAUCAUCACCAUAAACAUCCAAAGACUAUAUUGGUUCAGCGAGGUGGAUGGUCCCGGAUUUCUCUUCACCACAGAAGGCCUCGGGCAUAUGCUUCAGCUCGUUGCCAAAGUAUACGAGUUGCUGGUCAUCGCCUCUCUCGGUGCGCUCACGUUGAAGGUGUUUAAACGCCGGCUGGUCGAAUCGCAUCUUCCGCUCGGAUUAUUAACGGGCGCCUACCGCGUCGGCGAUGUCCCGUAUAUCUUUAGCGGUUAUUUUUGGCGCGCAGUUCACAAGGCAGGAGUCAAGACCUCCCAGCUCUUGGCCCUUCUUGUCCUUGGCAACACCCUCCUCUCCACGCUUGUCGGCCCAUCCUCCGCGAUUUUGCUUGUCCCGCAGCUAGACUGGUAUCCACUACCCGGCGCUUUUAACAAGGUCCAGCACCCCGUUUUCUUUUAUAACUCACCUACCAACUCGACCUGGCCCCGUGUCCUAAACGCGGCUGUCUCUUCGGGGCACCACUGUGACAGCUUCGUCGGAUGGUGGGCCUCUUGGUGUCCUUCCGGGGGGUUUGUGGAUCUGUCCAAGUGGCUCGCAGAAUGGGAGAGCUCAGAUCUUAGCAACGACUUGAUCGGCCAGGAUCCAACGGGCGCCGUGCGACGCCGGCUGUCCGCCAGGGGGAACUUCAGGGAUGGCACUUCGGUCAUGACUACAAUAUCGAUCGCACCGCUCCUCACGAUCGGUCGCCUUCUCAACUUCAUAAAGUGGGACAACCAGGGCGCCAUCUACGAAACGAAUUUGGGCGCGAUCUACGCCGACGAUAAGCGGCAGCAUCCUACGCCACAAAUCAAGUUAACUACUUCGAGCGAGUCAACCAUUUUUCAGCCGAUUGUCCAAUCACAAUGUACGUCGUACGACCUAACCGGCCUCUCUAGACCGAGACAUCUCCCUUUCUAUGAAUACGACCAGCUGAAUUGCCUCGGCGAUCCCGCCUGUGAGAGCAUGCGUGAGAGCACGCUUGAGCGCGGACGCGGAUUUGUUGUUACCGAGAGGCUGUGGAAUAACCCGAAUAUCUCCGAUUCGAUAGGACAAUACCACUUCGGGGCGCCAAAUUCCAGCGAACCUUAUCCCUUGCUGCUCGCAUCGAUCACCCUACCGUACCGCAAUGGAACUAAGACGGGCGUAGGGCUCUUCGCUUGCGCCAUCAUGGCUCAUUGGAUGCCCGCGACUCUGUCCGUCUCACCCAAGGACAGUGACAUUGUCCAGAGCAACGUCACGAACUUCAUCUCCGGCGCUGACGACCUCAAUUUGCUGACCGGCUCGGCCGGACCCGCCAUUAAGAUCGAAGAGGACUGGAUUGAUUUCUUGGCACCGAUGAUCAACGUCUCGACGCCCUCCGGUAACAUGACAAGAACUAGGCCAGUGCGGUUGAUCUUUGACGCUUUCUUGGCGGAUGAUAUGAUCCUUGAGCCUGCCGGAAAUCUGGGCUCAGAUAAUCCUUGGCAGAAUCUCUACGGCAUCUUGAAGGGCCAGGAAUACGUCCAAAAGGCCUUCACCGGGAUGGUGACCGAGGCUUUGGCUCGCGUUGCACCUAAGUCACGAAGCUAUAUGGUGAAUUCGUACAACAACACUAUCAUCGAGGUGACCGACAUCGGUACUCAUAGGCACCAGCGCGAUGCCGUGAAGGAAUCGGCUACCUGGUCCAACGGCACGGUAGUUGAAAUCCAACCCCGCGACCCUGAUUUCCUCUUCAAUAAGUUCAAGGAGUCAAUCUUGAGCCACCUCGGGUAUAUUAAAAAUACGUCUAAUCAGCCCGAGUUCGUUGGGUAUAACGGGCUUUACAGCAGCCCUCAGGAGUUUGUUGACUAUCUCUCCAACCUGACACACCUCGAAUUCGAAGUCGAAAGAUACGGCUAUGGAUCCGGCAAGGGUGGGCCGACGAUGACCUUUGCCCUUACCGUCGUCAUCACGUACAUGAUCGUUGUAGGGACGUACUUCCUCUACGUCAUGGUGUUGUCCAAGUUCUGGUUCAAGUCGGACAUCCCGACCAUCAGGGCCCUAAAUCGCUUCCCACUCACCAAGUAUCAAGAGACUCAGAUGGAUCAAGAUGUUGUAGCCAACGCCGAAGAUGACGUGGACGACGGCCCAGACCGGCGGGUUGGUGUCCAUAUCGAGCAGCACCACAAGGCGCCUCUCAACUGCCCAAGUUGUCCAUCCGCGCUUGCUUUGGAAGAGACGAACGGAUGGUGUAGAUGCUUCUUCAAUCCAAAGUGGACCUCGGCCCUCGGUAUCAAACCAGAAAACUGGUCAGACUCCGAUGAAGACAGAGCAGUCACCCAGGCGACUCAGGAAGCUCUGAUGGAGAGGGACAGUAUCGGAGGAGGCCGUGCCCCGGGUUCAGAACGUCCCGACGACGGCUCCGUGAGUCAGGGCAGCCCGCCUGUGGACAAGGACAUUGCACAUGUGGACAAUGCCGAUGUUUGGGAAGGAUGCCAAGUCUGGAUGUUCGUCAAUUGGUGUCUUGUCGAAAUCAGCGACAUUCCCGGCCACAUACCAGGCGGGCCGGCAAUGGUUAUGGCCCUACGUUAUGGCCCUACUUAG